UUAAGUCUUUCAACACUCUGCGAGUUUCCUUCUUCCAGAAUAAGUCGUCUCUUUAAUGGCACAGAGCCUAUUGUCUUGGACAGUUUAAAACAACAUUAUUUCAUUGAUCGAGAUGGUGAAAUUUUCAGAUAUAUAUUAAGCUUCCUAAGGACAUCUAAGCUACUGCUCCCAGAUGACUUUAAGGACUUUAAUCUUUUAUAUGAAGAAGCAAAGUAUUACCAGCUGCAGCCAAUGAUUAAGGAACUUGAGCGAUGGAAACAAGAGAAAGAACAAAGGAAACAUUUCCAGCCUUGUGACUGCUUGGUCGUAAGAGUGACUCCAGAUCUGGGGGAAAGAAUUGCACUGAGCGGGGAGAAGGCGUUGAUAGAAGAGAUCUUCCCGGAGACCGGGGACGUCAUGUGCAACUCGGUGAACGCGGGCUGGAACCAGGACCCCACCCACGUCAUCAGGUUUCCCUUGAACGGCUACUGCCGGCUGAACUCGGUGCAG